CACCGAAGGCGAAAUCUUGGUGCCGCCUGCCCUCCUGCCUUCAUUUCCCAUCGUGCCGAGGCGGGUGGCAUGGCGGAGAAGGAUGACACCGGAGUUCGACGAAGAGGUGGUUUUUGAGAACUCUCCACUUUACCAGUAUUUACAGGAUUUAGGACACACAGAUUUUGAAAUAUGUUCUUCUUUGUCACCGAAACCAGAAAAAUGUACAACAGAAGGACAACAAAAGCCUCCUACGGAAGUCCCACCAAAACAAGGCAUACUGGUAAAAUUGGCAGGAUCCAUCAAAAGUUGUAUUUUUUUCCCACACUGCAGUAAAGAGGAUGCGGUACUUCACAAGUUGGAUACUGGAUUCCGACUUGACUCAUUGCAUGCCAUCCUGCAACAGGAAGUCCUGUUACAAGAGGAUGUGGAGCUAAUUGAGCUACUUGAUCCCAGUAUCCUGUCUGCAGGGCAACCUCAACAACAGGAAAAUGGACACCUUCCAACACUCUGCUCCCUGGCAACCCCUAAUAUUUGGGAUGUCUCAGUGCUAUUUAUCUUCAUUAGUUUGCUUAUUAUGCUUCCCACUUGGUGGAUUGUCUCUUCCUGGAUGAUAUGGGGAGUGGUUCUAUUUGUUUAUUUGGUUAUAAGAGCUUUGAAAUUAUGGAGAACAGCCAAACUGCAAGUGACCCUAAAAAAAUAUGCUGUUCGUCUAGAAGAUAUGGCAGCAAAUAGCCGUGCGUUUACUAACCUUGUGAGGAAAGCUUUACGUCUCAUUCAAGAAACUGAAGUCAUUUCCAGAGGCUUUACACUUUUGCUUGACAGGGUCAGUGCUGCUUGCUCAUUUAAUAAAGCUGGACAGCAUCCCAGUCAGCAUCUCAUCGGUCUUCGGAAAGCUGUCUACAGAACUGUAAGAGCCAACUUCCAAGCAGCAAGGCUAGCUACCCUAUAUAUGCUGAAAAACUACCCCCUGAACUCUGAGAGUGACAAUGUUACCAACUACAUCUGUGUGGUGCCUUUUAAGGAGCUGGGCCUUGGACUUAGUGAAGAGCAGAUUUCAGAAGAGGAAGCACAUAACCUUACAGAUGGCUUCAGCCUACCUGCAUUGAAGGUUUUGUUCCAACUCUGGAUGGCACAGAGUUCAGAGUUCUUCAGACGAUUAGCCCUGCUACUUUCUCCAACCAAUUCACCACUGGGGCCCUUGCUUACUCCAGCACAUUUGCCUCAUCGUAUUUUAUCUGAUGUGACUCAAGGUCUACCUCAUGCUCAUUCUGCCUGUUUGGAAGAGCUUAAGCGCAGCUAUGAAUUCUAUCGGUACUUUGAAACUCAGCACCAAUCAGCUCCCCAGCGUUUAUCCAAAACUCAGCAGAAGUCAAGAGAACUGAAUAAUGUUCACACAGCAGUGCGCAGCUUACAGCUCCAUCUGAAAGCCUUACUGAAUGAGGUAAUAAUUCUUGAAGAUGAACUUGAAAAGCUUGUUUAUACUAAAGAAACACAAGAGCCAGUAUCAGAGGCCUAUCAGGUUCUAGAACAGAAACUAAAGUUGAUUGAGCCCCAUGUUCAAGCAAGCAACAGUUGCUGGGAAGAGGCCAUUUCUCAGGUGGACAAACUGUUACGAAGAAAAACAGACAAAAAAGGCAAACCUGAAGUGGCAUGUGAGAACUCACACUGCAUCACCACUCCUGUGAUCCCGCCUGCUCUACACAUUGCAGACAAAGACCCCAUCCCUGAGGAACAGGAACUAGAAGCUUAUGUAGAUGAUAUAGAUAUAGACAGUGACUUCAGAAAGGAUGAUUUUUAUUACUUGUCUCAAGAAGACAAAGAGAGACAAAAGCGUGAGCAGGAAGAAUCCAAGAGGGUGCUUCAGGAAUUAAAGUCUGUGCUGGGAUUUAAGGCUUCAGAGGCAGAAAGGCAGAAAUGGAAGCAGCUCCUGUUUAGUGAUCACGCUGUGUUGAAAACCCUGUCUCCUGUAGACCCAGUGGAACCCAUAAGUAAUUCAGAAACAUCUAUGACUUCAGAUAUUGGAGAAGUCGAUAAAAACGAUACUGAUGAAGAUAGUAGUAAACCUUCCACAGCCGACAAUGAGAUAAGUAGGACUGAGUAUGUAUUUGAGGACCCUGUAGAAUGUCAAAACAAAGACGCCGCAGCAAAUGAGGUCGUCCUUGAAGGAGUUGCAGAAAGAAUGUACUACCAGUGUAAGAGUGAGCAUGAACUACAGCAGGCCAGUAGUGGCGGCCUGGCCACUGCCCCUUCACAUCCCAGAGACUCACCAGAGCCCUCCAUUAAGCAGAGGUUGGCACGGCUACAGCUGUCACCAGAAUUUACCUUUACUGCUGGCCUCGCUGCAGAAGUGGCCGCUAGAUCUCUGUCCUUCACCACCAUGCAAGAACAGACUUUUGGAGAUGAGGAGGAAGAACCAGUAAUUGAAGAAAGUGAAAAUGAAGUAGAAGAAAAGUGAGAAUCAAGAUGAAGUCAUUUUAGAUUGUUCCUAUUACAAAGUGUUUUAGCCUCAAGACUGGAAAGGGAAAAUGAGUGUAAGUUUACUAUAUCUAAAGCUAAGAUGUGAAUUUACAGAAAGAACCCUGGUUUGAACAACUGAUCUAAAAUUAGUAGUUACCUGUAUAUGGAUGGUCUUUUAGAAAAUAAGAAAGGUAAGGGCUCUUUUUGAAUAAACAGCUAUUUUAAUGUGGCACAACUGAUGAUCUUGAUAAUUCUUUAAGUACUUUUAAUAAGAAAUGAAGUUAUCAUUUCUUGCCAGGAUUUGCUACCAUAAGGUAACCGGGAUAAUUCUCUUGCAAGAACAUUAACAUUUAGUAUGACUCCUUUUUACUGUAUCCUUGCAGUUAACAACUGCAGCCAUUAUGUCAAUAAUAAUUGUUUGUAUUUUAUUUUUGUUUAUACCAGUCUUAAAGAUACAGGUUCUGAAUAAAAUACUUAAUUCAUACAA